GAACGACUUGCAGGACCGAGUUGACGGAUCAGUUAGGUUUGUGGCGUGGAGAUGGCGGAGUCGAGAUAGUAUAUAUCUUGACGUUGGGCAUGAGCAGAUACAGAACAUCACAACUCCAACUACUUCUUCAUGUCAGCUGAGCAAUUUGAGAAGCUCUCUCUAGCCGAGGCCAUGGUGACAACAAGAGCUGGCACUGCAAGGGCAUCGGCAGCCAGGAGAGCACCUUUACAAAACCUCGACCAAGACCAGCCAGUACCUUCAGUCGAGUCGCCUGCUUCGCCAACACCAUCUCUUGUUGUGUCGACAAACAACCUGCGGUACAAUGUCUCCGCCUUCGACACCAAUCUGCGCAGAAGAGUCAAGAGGGGACUGGAAGACAACGAGAUCAGGAUGAAGUACUGCGCAGUUUCGGACGAUGAGGACGAGACGAAGUACUUCCAUCUCGAUGAUGAUAUUACCGUGGCAAUGGGUGGAAAUCUUCGCGCGCCCAAAUGUACAUGUGGAGCUAACGAGAAGGGAAUCGCUUGCAAGCACAUCUACUGGGUGGGAGACCAGAUUGUCUCAACGACACCGAAGAAGUCCAGACCGGAGACUCUACGUCUGUCGAUGGAUGGAUCGACCUUCCAGGACCUGAAACCAGCUGAUAUCGUGGACGAAAAAGGUCUGGAGGAUGUAGCCGAAGACCUUGGAUGGGUUUUCCAAGACGAGGACUUACCUGAAGAUGAAGAAGAGAUGAAGGAUGCUAUCAUCAACAUGCUCUCCGUGUUCGAACCUCAGGAUGCCCUGCCAGGAGAAUUCAAAUGCCCUGAGUCCCCCUUGACGUCCGAACGGGCGAAGAAGUAUCAGGAGUUUGCGGAACUCUUUACUCAGUACGCCACCCGAGAUCCUGGACUUUUUCUCGAGGCACGCAACAUCAUCGAUCCAAACUUCCAGUCCCGCGUUUUCUUCGACAAGAUCGGCACGCGCAUCACUCGGACUUUCAAAGCUCUGGACAAGUACAUCGCUCACGGUCCCAUGUACGCCUCUCCAGACAAACUCAGGUACGACGUACAGAGUUGUGCUGAAAAGCUCAGAGCUUUGGUCAAUGCCAUUGACGAGUUCUAUCAACAACAAGAUGAGGAUGAGCCGGGCACUAAAGACGUCGCCGUGCGAGCAGGUGCAGCUCUGGUAAGGAUUCUGGAUCUCGUCGCCGAUCGCAAUGCCAAUGCAUACGAGAAUAUCACCUGGGGCAUGGAGACUCCCUCGAAUCCUGCGGAGAACAAUCUGUUUGUCGCGCUGAUCGGGGAGCAAGACGACGACGAGCCGAUGUUCGUUCUCGACGCUCUCCGUGCGUUGCCCCAGGAGGAUCUUGUGAGAAACCACUGGGAGACGCUUCAGAGCAUCGAACAGAAGCUCCAACGACCUGAGACACCUUCGGACUAUACGAUGACGUUCCGCAGAGUCGUCUAUGACAGUCGCAAGAGGGCCGCUUCCGAAAUCCGCGGAGGCGAGGCUAAAAGGGCCAUGCAGGAGUAGGCUCUACGACAUGGUGGCGAGAGCAGCAACAACGGCGAUUAUAACAUUCCUUCGACUCGAUUCUGAAACCCGACUUUUUCUGGAACUGGGUAAAGUAGGGUAUUGCACUCCUUUUGGGUUGCGUCCUGUUGGCGUUGAUGGAAUUUUGGAUUUUUCUUCGCUCCUUCUUGUAAUAGCUUUGUUUUUCUACCCUUCUUCCUGUCCUUUCCUGGACCCUUUAUUUUCGAUUCUUUGUGUUCAUUUACGGCAUUUACAUUUGUUUACCAGGCUAGCCGGGCCACCCUCAUCUUCGACACUCUCAUUCAAG